AUGUCCGUCUGGAACCCCGAUAACAUCCGCGACGUGGCUGAGUCCGUCGGCAUCAACAACCUCAACCACGAUGUGACCGAGAACCUGGCCCGAGACGUCGAAUACCGAGUUGCGCAGGUGCUGGAGGAGGCGCUCAAGUCAAUGCGCCAUGGAAAGCGCACAGUUCUGACUACACAGGACAUCUCGCUGGCCUUGCGCAACCUGGAUGUGGAGCCACUGUAUGGCUACGACUCGACCCGCCCAUUGCGUUUUGGCGAGGCCUCUCUGGGCCCCGGCCAACCGCUAUUCUACGUUGAAGAUGAGGAGGUGGACUUUGAGAAAUUGAUCAAUGCGCCUUUGCCAAAGGUGCCCCGCGAAGUCUCCUUUACUGCCCACUGGUUGGCUGUAGAAGGUGUGCAACCAUCAAUCCCCCAGAAUCCUACCGCCGCGGACUCUCGCAACCUCGAACUGGUCUCUAAGGGACCAAAUGCCAACUCUACACUUUCGGCGAUGAGCGGCACAGGCGACGUGUCUGUGAAACCGUUGGUGAAACAUGUGCUUUCAAGAGAGCUCCAGCUAUACUUCGAGAAGGUCUGCAGCGCGUUCUUGGAUGAGACUAGCGAGGAUUAUCGCACCUCUGGAUACUCUAGUCUACGCGAGGACCCAGGUCUGCACCAGCUGGUACCAUACUUUGUCCAAUUCAUUGCCGAAAAGGUCACGCACAGCCUCAAGGAUAUCUUUGUUCUCACCCAGGUUAUGCACAUGGCCGAGGCAUUGGUCCAGAACCAGUCUCUUUACGUGGAUCCCUACAUUGCCUCGCUUGUGCCCUCUAUUCUUACAUGCUUGAUCGGCCGCCAACUCGGCGGAAAUGCCGAUCUUGUCGAACAGUUCGCGCUUCGCGAUAUGGCCGCCUCGCUCCUCAGUCGCAUUGCCCAGAAGUACACCCACGCCUCUCACAUGCUUAAGCCCCGACUCGUGCGCUCCUGUCUCAAGAGCUUCCUCGACCCUUCCAAGCCGUUCGGUGCUCACUACGGUGCCGUCAUUGGAAUGCAAGCUAUUGGAGGAUCUGAAGUAGUUCGAGUUCUUAUCGUGCCCAACCUCCGUGAAUACAGCAAGCUGCUCAGUGAUGGACUGGAUGACCCUGCUCGUCGCCCGGCUGCUGAACGCGUUCUGACUGCGCUUGUAUCUGUUCUGGCUUCACUGCGGGGCAAGCAGUCCCUGACUAAUGGCCAUACUGUGACCGAUGACCUGCAGGCACGAUUGUCUGACGCGGUGGGUGAAAUCAUUGCAUCCAGGAUUCUGGAGUCUGGUGAAAUGCAGCUGGCGCAUAUCAUUCUCGAGGCCUAA